AUGUCUGUUUGGUAUUAUUUCUAUGCAUUUUAAGGCUAUUUUGUACAUAAAAAAAAAGAAAAUUUUACAGAAAGCUAGUUAGCAAUAUCUCAAAAAUAGGAUGCUUAAUAACAAGAGGAUGAUCGAUAUAAAAAACAAAAAUUAUCCGAUAAUUAAAGUCUAGAAAAAAAUAUCAUGGAAAUUUGGAUUAAGGAUUGUAAUCAAUUUAAAUAUGAUCUUAUCUAAAACAAAAAUGGUAACUAUGAAAAUGUUCUAUUAUUCAAAAACAUUUAGUUUUAUUAUGAUAAAAUUAAUAGUAAAUAGGAAAAAUUAUAUUAAGUAAAGGGAUUUAUUUAUUUAACUGAAUAUGAUCAAAAUUUCAAUCCAAAGUAUAAACUUUAAUCAGGGAAUUUUUUAGUCGAUUUGAAUAAAAGAAAGUUUUAAUUAAAUGGAGAAGGUAUUGAAUACUAAGGAAAGUCAAAAUUUGUAAAAUACGAAGGUAAUUUUAAGGAUGGAGAAUAUAUACAUGAAUAAAAGAAAGCAUUUACAAAUACUAAUUAGAAUUAAAAAAAAAAUAAUCCAAGAAUAAUUAUUAUAGAUGAGGCAACAGGUGAAUAGGUUAAUGCUUAAAAUAUAAAAAGACAAAAAUAAAAAUAAGUCUAAAAAGUUUGGUGUAAGUAUAAUUAAUAAAUAUCAAUUAAUGAUAUUAAUAUUUUGUAAAACUUAAGUUGGAUGACUAGUAAUAUUAUUGAUAGUUAUGUUCUUUAGCUUAACAUAGAAAGCGAAAAUAAAUAUUUCAAACUUAACGAAUUAGAAAAAAAAUAAGUUAAACGUAUAUUAUUGUUACCGACUAGUUUAACAACAAAUUUUGGCGAUUUAUUUGAUAAACAAAAAGCAUAUAAUUUAUUAGAAUAAGAAUUAUUAGAAUAUUCAUAAAUGAAUUUAGACAUCACAAAGAUUUACAAAAAAAUUGGAUUUCCAAUCAACAAAAUUAAUUUUCAUUGGUAUUUUCUAUUAUUUGAUGCUGAAAAUGGAGAAGUUUAAAUCUUUGAUUCUACAUCAAAUACUUAUAAUUCUUAAGUACACAAUAAAAAUAUAAUAUAAACUUUGGCAGAAGUUCUGAAAAUAACAAUUUAAAACAUAGAAAUUCAUAAAAAAUCAGGUUAAUAACGAAACGGUUAUUCAUGUGGAUAUUUCAUAUGCAGUUUUAUGAGGUUUUUAUAAGAAUAAUAAUUUUUGAAUAAUCAAAUAGAAUAUUAUUAUAAGGAAAAUGAAAUCAUACCAAUUUUAAAGAAUACAAUAGCAAGAAUUAAAUGA